AUGUCAAUGUCAAGAAGCAUUUUACAAGAACUCUGUGAUUAUGUACAACAAAAACCAUCGACUGUGCUAGGAAACAAAUUUUUCGAUUAUCGAGUGGCCUUACAAGCAGAUGUGUCUUAUAAAGGCGACAAAUUUGAGCCUAGAAUCUUCGUCAUAUCGAAAUUUCGCCUUUUCAUACUCUCCGGGAAGUCACCGUCAUCGUUGAAAAUUGAUCGUAGUUAUCAUCUCCUCAGCAUUAAAUCGGUUAACAUUUUGAAUAACGACGAGGUAGCCAUAGCUUUUGAUGAAGCUGGACAUAGAAAGAAAUACGUUAUCAAAAGUCCUCAAGCAUCCUCAAGUGCUUUGGUUAAACAUGUACUUGCUGCAUUUCUUCGUUAUUUCCCAGAUAUUGGCGCACAGUUGCGAUCAUUGAUCGAAUUCACACCUGAAAGUUGCUACGACGAAUUCUCUUCAAUGAGUGGAGAUGCUGCUGCUAGAGCCUGUCAUUCAUUCCGCAGAACUUAUGCUGCACUUUGUGAUUUUUACGAUCAGCCUUAUAGAGAUGAAGUGUCAUGGGAUGUCGAAAAGAUAUAUGCGGUUAACAGAUUACGUUCGUUGCGGAUAGAGGAUUUCUCGCAUCUUUUACCAAAGGAUUUGCUGCCGAUAACGGGAGUUCUUCAAUACUCGUCGUAUUUUACGGGACUUGUCGCCGAUGGGAUUCGAAUGACGACGGAAGUUAUUGAUGUGAUAAUGUCUGUUAUUCGGAAGUCGCGCUAUCUUCAACACCUCCAACUCAGAAAUUGCGCCCUCCCACGUGACUUUAUCACUCUGUUUGCAUCGGCUCUCCAGCAGAACCCAUCGAUACCUUUAGAAUCAAUCGAUUUUUCCAAGAAUGUUCUUGACGACAAAAAAGGUUUCGUUUUGCUUUCUAAUGUGCUUCCGAGGUUAACUACACUUCGACAGGUGAACUUAUCAGAGUGUGGGCUCAGUGAGAAAUGUUCACAACUGUUUUGUACUGGGAUCUACUCAGGUUUGACCGCAAAAUCGAAUUGUGGAGCAGUGUCCAGUCUGACACAUUUAAACCUCUCGACUAAUGUUCUUAAAGACGAUAUAUCUUCGCUAGUCAAUGUGGUAUCUUUGUGCACAACUCUGCGGGUUUUGGACUUGACAGACACGGGAUUCCCUCUCGAUAAGAUUUGGGCCGCCUUGAAGUAUGGAGGUCUACAGAUUGAAAGGUUGAGUCUUGGUGGUUGCCAUGCAGGGAAGAAGCCAGGGGAUAGCGCUCAGUUAGUUAAGGAGUUCUUCUCAAUGGCUGUAAAUUUAUCACAUAUCAGCUUUGCAAAUACUAUAUUGCCUGUUGAUCUUAUGAAGGCGAUGCUGCUUGGACUGGCCAGUAAUCAGCAGUUAAAACCAUUUCAUUUGGACAUCAGUGGAACAUGUGAGAAAACAUCCAGCUCAGUGCUUGAAGCGUGUCUUGCCGGCGUACAAUGUAGUAGCCUUUCUCUCAGAGACAACAAUUUAGAAACAGAAAUGCAGGGAGUUGUUCAUACUCUCGGGAACAUAAAAACGUUGCGUCGUCUUGAUCUGGGCGGAGCUAAUUUGUUAGCCCUACGCAGAUCAUCGAAGCAAACUCAUGCGGCUGUGAUCAAUAAGACGAUUCUUGAUAUUGUGAAACUUUUUUCUGAUGAGUCCUCGCUUGAAGAGUUGAUCUUGUCGGAUGCGCGGCUAGGUCCCCAUCUCAGCGUUCUUCUGAAUACGCUUGGAGCAGCGACAUCGCUUCGAUUUCUCGACAUUUCAAACAAUGACUUAGGACACUUUGGAGCAAGAAUUCUUUCCAAAGCAUUAGAACUCAACGCGUCUCUACGUACCAUCGUAAUCGAUAACAAUCAUCUAGGCGUUGAAGGGCUUUACGAUCUAGCAACAGCUGUCAACAUGAAUAGAACAAUCACAUCUAUUCCAUACCCUGUACAAGACGUGUGCGAAUGCCUAUCGAAGACAGGAUGCGACCGAUCACGAGUUUUGGUUGCUAUGACACAGAUUGAAUCGUGUUUAGAAAGAAAUCGUCAGUCAACCAACGCUGAUAUGGCGAAUUUUCGAAUCGCUGCUGCGAAUUUGGAUUUGGGGAACCCUGAAAAAUGGAAUGCCGUUGGAGACGUUCUCUCUAGUGCAGCAGAGGAACCGUUCCCAUCGCGUCUAGAGGAUAUGGUUGAUGAUUUUGUUGAUCAGGCUCGACGAGAGUGUGUCCUCAACCUACAAAGUACACUUUCACGUCUCCGUAGUGAAAGCGGAGAUGCACCAAAAAUUCCUGGAAAAGCGGAACUAAUUGCUAUGCAGAGGUUAAGGGAAUUAUGGAUGGACGACCUUAAACGAGUGUUCAGUGACUGGCGGUGGCGCGAAUUGUGUGAACGAAGUGAAAUGUUUGUUGAUAGACUUGGCGCCAAUGCAGAUGGAGUUUCUAAUGCCAGUGUAUCUCAAAACGGUUCACCCCGACAGUAUAUGUCACCCAGCACUCCGCGUUGUGUCGAUUCCGGGCACAGGCCGCGUAGCAUCAUAGGGGAUCUUCAUUCUCCUCUUGGUCUUCGGGAUGAAGAGCCUGGAAUCUCGUUGGACACUCCUCCUCAGCCCUCAGCUCUUGUUCAUUUGCAAAAAUCACGUCCGCGAUUGCAAAGAAGGGCUGGAGCAUUUGGACAAGUACGGCAAACACAAAGCAACAACGAGGAUACACCAAUGAGUCGCAGCACUGACAUCGAAGAAGAAGUUCAGUCCAACAAAAGUGAGGACAGUGGCGGAGGAGGCGAUGUAGUGGUUAAAAAACAUCCUUCUGAACGUCCUGGAUUUCGUGUGGCAAUGUUACCGGACGCUGCCGCUUUAUCGCAAGCAGUACUCCGUUCUGCUGCUGACAGAGCAAUGUCGCCAAAACCAGAGUCUCCAGGACACAGCUCCUCUCUCAGUUCACCAGGCCCUUCCUCAUCCCCACGAACAACUACUGAGUCAGAUUCGCCUCCACCUUUACCGCAUCGUAUGAAGAGUUUGCCUACUGUCCCUCCACUGCUUCCUCCAAAACCAGUGGCGCGUAAUGCUCCACCUUCUUCGAACUCCCUAGUCAAUGAAUCGAAUGACAGCGAUGAAAACGCGAAUAAUCGUCGCUCGGUUGCCGAUAUGGCAAGGAUCUUCAACCGGUAA